AUGCCUCUACUAAAAAAGAAGUCACAUAAACUACUGGAGCUCCCAAAGAACUUGGAGCCACAAGAACUUGUUUAUCAAGUUCGCCUCACAAAGGAGAUUUUCCGAGAUUAUCAAUUGUACUUGAAGAGGAUAAACCUGUAUCGCAAGCGAGUUUGGACAUGUAAAUCUACUGGUAAAACUAGCUUGACCUACGAGGAGGCCUUAGAGACUGAAAAACUGGCAAACAAGAAGGUUCAAACUCUGGCCAGAGAGCUAGUUGCACCUGCUUUACGUAUCAUCCAAUUCAGUACACUCUCGUUGAAAGAUCUUGCUGACGCAAUAGCGACAGAGUUGCAAAAUUGCUUUUUCGCUGGUGCAGAGUUGUAUGGAAAAAGGGAUGGUGAAUUGCAUCCGUGCAAAAUUUUGGAGAUAGUAACAGAUGAAGAUGGUAACCCUCAGUAUGAGGUGGGCUUCCUUGACAAAGAUAAGGAAAUAAAUGAGAACGGAGUGCUGUUUGGGGAGGAUCUGUCAUGGAAGAAGUUUCCAUAUAGUAGAAAUUUUCUGAAGUCUUUCAUUCGGGAUUCCACAUGCCACAGUAUACCUUGGGUGGUUAAUGAAUAUCUGACUAAAGCACAUGGAAUCACGAGAAAGAUUCCCAAGGAACUUCAGAACAAAUAUGUCUUUCAGAAUGGCCAACUGGUUCAGCAAAGGAAGCAGGAAGAUAAAACCGGAAGGGAUAAAGGAAAAAGAAAGAGAACUGAAAAUGGUAGUCAUGCUGCAGAGGAGACAGAUAGAGAGGUUAAUGAGUCUGAAGAAGAACAUAUCAUAUAUCCAAUUGAAGAUUCACUGUUGCCAACGGAUCCCGAUGGUGCUAAUAUCACUCAGCGUCCUUCUCCUUCUCGGGAUUUUAGCGUUUCAAUGGAUUGUGUUGGGGACCUUCUUAUGGUCUGGGACUUUUGUUCCUCAUUUGGUAGGCAGCUCCAUCUAUGGCGAUUUUCUCUUGAAGACUUCGAAAAUGCUGUCUGCCACAAAGAGAGCAACUUGGUUCUUAUCAUGGAAGUGCAUGCCUGUCUUUUCCGGUUCCUCAUCAGUGAUGGUGGUGAUAAUUUCAAAUCCUUAAAGAAAAGGAGUCGUAAGUCAAAGAUAACAUUGAUCACAUGGACAGAGUACUUAUGUGAUUUCUUGGAGUCAGUCGACACUACUGAUUUGUGCUCCGACGUUGGAACAAUCAAGCGUGGACAUUAUGGACUUUUGGAUCCCAGUGUUAAACUGAAAAUCUUAAAGGAAUUAGUGAACCAUAUAACUGAAACAAGUAAGUUCAAGGGGGAAAUAGACGAGCUUGUUGAACAACGGCAUGCCCUUGGAGCUGCUAGAAGAGAAGAAGCAUUGACGGAGGCCCGGCAGAAAAGAGAGGAGAAAGAACGGUCCAAAAUUGGUGAGGAGGCUGAUGGACGUUUGGACAAUAUCAGGUUGGAGAAAAAGAAAAAUAGCCCACAAGUUCUAGUAAGCUGUGAAGACAGCAAAAAGAAAGAGAGCACUGCGUGGGAAAACAAGAUGGAGAAUGGGUUUGUUUCUUCGGAAAAAAAGAGUGAUAGGCUUUUGGGGAAUGUCUAUCUGAGAAAGCACAAAAGGCAGAUGACGGAUACAAAGAUCGAACCAAUGGAGGAGGUUGAGGAGGAGGACGAGGAGGAGGACGAGGAGGAGGACGAGGAGGAGGAGGAAGGGGAAGAGGAGGAGAAAGGAUAUUCGGUGAAGAAGCAAGAGGGUAAAUCAGCAAGCGAAGAUGAGAAAGGAACUUCAGAGAGGAGAGGCCCCGAACGAAGGAGACAAUAUUAUGAACGAGAGAUGGAGAAAAUAGUCAUACGUACAGACCCAUUGGGUAAAGAUCGGGAUUACAACAGGUACUGGUGGUUCCGAAGCAACGGGAGGAUAUUUAUUGAGAAUUCUGAUUGCACAGAAUGGGGCUAUUAUACCUCCAAGGAAGAGCUCGAUGCAUUGAUGGGAUCACUAAACCGUAAAGGGGAGAGAGAGCUGUCGUUACAUACACAGCUGGAGAAGUUCUAUGACAGGAUAUGCUCUACACUACAAAAGAGGACGAAGGACAUUGCCCACAACAUAGAAAUGGAAGAAGCAGUGGUUAGGAGAUCUACUCGUGUAAGGGCUCCACUUCAUGAAAAUCCAGCUAGUGCCUUCUUGAGAUAUGUUAACAAGUGGAAAGAGGACUAA